AGACGCCCCAAGAUUGUUGUGAGGAGUCUAGCCAGUUGGUGAGCGCUGUAAUCUGAACCAGCUGUGUCCAGACCGAGGCCCCAUUUGCAUUGUUUAACAUACUUAGAAAAUGAAGUGUUCAUUUUUAACAUUCCUCCUCCAAUUGGCUUAAUGCUGAAUUACUGAAGGGGGUUAAGCGAAACCAGGUGCCGGCGGCGAGGGCUCUGCAGUGGCUCCCAGCACCCGGCACUGUCCCGGCCCUCCGCGCUGCCCGCUCGGCCCCUCCGGAACCAAGCCGCCCCAGUCCCACCGCAGAGCCUGCCUUCCUCGCGUCGCUUCUCCUCCCGCGCAUCUUGGAUAUGCCAGGAUUAAAAAGGGCAGCAACGUUGUGCGCAGUUUAUAAACUAUCACACUACAUGUUUUUUAAAUUUGGGAGACUGCUGACUACGGCACCAGCAAUUGCUUUGCUGCAACGGCUGUGAGACAAGCAGAAGUCUCCGAACACUUCUGUCUGCGUUUGCUCUAUGUGUGUGAUUUACAGAGGGAAUGGGACCUAGAAGUUUCGAGCCAAUGCACAGUGGACUCUGCAGACAGAGACGCAUGAUACUCACUGUUACCAUCUUGGCACUCUGGCUUCCACAUCCUGGGAAUGCACAGCAGCAGUGCACAAACGGCUUUGACCUGGACCGCCAGUCAGGACAGUGUCUAGAUAUUGAUGAAUGCCGGACCAUCCCUGAGGCUUGUCGUGGGGACAUGAUGUGUGUCAACCAGAAUGGCGGGUAUUUGUGCAUCCCUCGAACCAACCCAGUGUAUCGAGGGCCUUACUCAAAUCCCUACUCUACAUCCUACUCAGGCCCAUACCCAGCAGCGGCCCCACCAGUACCAGCUUCCAACUACCCCACGAUUUCAAGGCCUCUUGUCUGCCGCUUUGGGUAUCAGAUGGAUGAAGGCAACCAGUGUGUGGAUGUGGACGAGUGUGCAACAGACUCACACCAGUGCAACCCUACCCAGAUCUGUAUCAACACUGAAGGAGGUUACACCUGCUCCUGCACCGAUGGGUACUGGCUUCUGGAAGGGCAGUGCCUAGAUAUUGAUGAAUGUCGCUAUGGUUACUGCCAGCAGCUCUGUGCAAAUGUUCCAGGAUCCUAUUCCUGUACAUGCAACCCUGGUUUCACCCUCAACGACGAUGGAAGGUCUUGCCAAGAUGUGAACGAGUGCGAAACUGAGAAUCCCUGUGUUCAGACCUGUGUCAACACCUAUGGCUCUUUCAUCUGCCGCUGUGACCCAGGAUAUGAACUUGAGGAAGAUGGCAUUCACUGCAGUGAUAUGGACGAGUGCAGCUUCUCCGAGUUCCUCUGUCAACACGAGUGUGUGAACCAGCCGGGCUCAUACUUCUGCUCGUGCCCUCCAGGCUACGUCCUGUUGGAUGAUAACCGAAGCUGCCAGGAUAUCAAUGAAUGUGAGCACCGAAACCACACGUGUACCUCACUGCAGACUUGCUACAAUCUACAAGGGGGCUUCAAAUGUAUUGAUCCCAUCAGCUGUGAGGAGCCUUAUCUGCUGAUUGGUGAAAACCGCUGUAUGUGUCCUGCUGAGCACACCAGCUGCAGAGACCAGCCAUUCACCAUCCUGUAUCGGGACAUGGAUGUGGUGUCAGGACGCUCCGUUCCUGCUGACAUCUUCCAGAUGCAAGCAACAACCCGAUACCCUGGUGCCUAUUACAUUUUCCAGAUCAAAUCUGGCAACGAGGGUCGAGAGUUCUAUAUGCGGCAAACAGGGCCUAUCAGUGCCACCCUGGUGAUGACACGCCCCAUCAAAGGGCCUCGGGACAUCCAGCUGGACUUGGAGAUGAUCACUGUCAACACUGUCAUCAACUUCAGAGGCAGCUCCGUGAUCCGACUGCGGAUAUAUGUGUCGCAGUAUCCGUUCUGAGCCUCUGGCUAAGGCCUCUGACACUGCCUUUCACCAGCACCGAGGGACGGGAGGAGAAAGGAAACCAGCAAGAAUGAGAGCGAGACAGACAUUGCACCUUUCCUGCUGAAUAUCUCCUGGGGGCAUCAGCCUAGCAUCUUGACCCAUAUCUGUACUAUUGCAGAUGGUCACUCUGAAGGACACCCUGCCCUCAGUUCCUAUGAUGCAGUUAUCCAAAAGUGUUCAUCUUAGCCCCUGAUAUGAGGUUGCCAGUGACUCUUCAAAGCCUUCCAUUUAUUUCCAUCGUUUUAUAAAAAAGAAAAUAGAUUAGAUUUGCUGGGGUAUGAGUCCUCGAAGGUUCAAAAGACUGAGUGGCUUGCUCUCACCUCUUCCUCUCCUUCCUCCAUCUCUUGCUGCAUUGCUGCUUUGCAAAAGUCCUCAUGGGCUCGUGGGAAAUGCUGGGAAUAGCUAGUUUGCUUCUUGCAUGUUCUGAGAAGGCUAUGGGAACACACCACAGCAGGAUCGAAGGUUUUUAUAGAGUCUAUUUUAAAAUCACAUCUGGUAUUUUCAGCAUAAAAGAAAUUUUAGUUGUCUUUAAAAUUUGUAUGAGUGUUUAACCUUUUCUUAUUCAUUUUGAGGCUUCUUAAAGUGGUAGAAUUCCUUCCAAAGGCCUCAGAUACAUGUUAUGUUCAGUCUUUCCAACCUCAUCCUUUCCUGCAUCUUAGCCCAGUUUUUACAUAGACCCCUUAAUCAUGCUUUCUUAAGAGUUUUUACCCAACUGUGUUGGAAGACAGAGGUAUCCAGACUGAUUAAAUAUUUGAAGAAAUCUUGUGUUUGGUUAAUUAUGACUCCAUGGAUAAUUUAGUGCUUGGGGUUGGUUUUGAUCUAUGCAGUGGCUUGGAAAGUUCUCUGAGGGGCUGAAACCUCCUUCAUAACUGAAUCAAGAUGGCAAAAGAUGGGGAACUGAGAAAUGAGGAUGGUGGAGAAGUGAGGGCCAGCAUCCACCCCAAGAUUUUUUAUAGAUGCUUUCUUAUGUGGUCUGUUGUGGGUUGUCUCCAAGGGCAGAGGGCAGAGGGCAGAGGACACAGGACACAGGGCCAAGGAUACUAAGGAUACAGGCCAGAACAUACUCAAAUCCCUGUAAACCAGUGAGUGGCCCCUGACCCUCUGUAGAGGGAAGCCUGAUUAAGCAGGAACCAUCCCCAGAAACUGUUGCUAUUGAUCCUGGGUGGGGCCUGAGAAUCAAGAUUUGUUAAAGAGGAAUAAAUAGCAAAGUUGAGGAUGAAAUGUCAGAGGUGGGGGGAAGUGGCUAGUGUGGCCCAAGUUUGGGUUACCUUGCCUUCAGCACCUGUAUAGUUUCUUCCAGAACUUUUAAAUCUUGUCAUCCCUUCGAUGGUCAGGAGCUCCGGGUUUCUCCCCAGGCAGAUGUAAAGAGCACAAGGCACAGAGAAGAGAUCAGGUUAGAUGGCUGCCCACAUGACAUUCUCAGGAAUGGAUAGGAGACAACAGGAGGAGAAAAUGUGUUCCUUAAGACCCGAAGACACACCUGAAGGACCAGGCUCCUAUCCUACCUCUUGGUGAUAAAUUCCUCCAAGAUACCCAGGUCUGUACCCUGGACCCCCAGGCUAGUAGGCAACAGAUUAGGUUUUUUUUUGUGUGUGUGUGUUUUGAUGGUAGGCAUAGACUGUGUGUGUGUGUUUUGUUUAUUUGGUUUUUUUGAGACAGAAUCUUUCUAUGUAUCCUUGAUUGGCCUCAAAUUCACUAUGUAGACUAGGUUGGUCUUGAGUUUAGAGAUCUGAUUUCGUUUACCUCCUUGUGCUGGGAUUAAAAGUGUAUACUACCCCCAAAUCCAUAGGCUUUCUUCAGCAGAGGCAAAAAAGCAUUACCACCUACAUCUGAGCAGCCCCAGCCUUUCUUAACCAGAGUGUGUCUCACGCCACAACACAUCUCUGCCUCACUUUUCCCCCCUAACUAAAACCAAGUCCAUUCUAAACCAUGUCCAUCAGUGAGCCUUCUGGCAGGCUCAGGUAACAUUAGUAACACCUACCCAGGUGGCGGAGAGGAUUCUAUUUGGAAGCUUGGAGAAAGGGACAAAUCCCUUCAGCUAGGCUUUCUAGAGCUCAAGGCUAGAAGGCACCCUCUAAUUCAGGCAUCCUGAGUUUGAGGAGUCUUAGGAGUUAAGGACAGGGCAGAGUAGAGACGCUAAGUGCCAGCACUCAGAGCAUCCACAACCAUUGGCCCAGGCUCAGCACAGCAUGGGCUCAACUUGCGUCACACAGAGGCUGAGGAGCUUGGCCUUGUAGUUUCUGAACCCAUUGCUUUCCAAGGUGCUAUAUUUGGAACUAGACUCCGAGUAAGUCCUUAGGGUUUACUUUUUAGUUGUCAUUGUCUAAAUGUGGCUUCCUGCUUCGAAGAAAAAAGGCACCCAAAGGCUCCACAAAAGCAGGCUCAAAAGGCCUCUUGGCCAUUGGAUUGCUCUUUCAAAACAUCACUGAUGAGUUCAGUUUAAAUGAAUAAGAAGCAUGUAGGAUGAAUUUAUCUUAAGAUACACUUGGGCCUAGAAGUUCAAGAGGAGAAUGGCCUGUGGCAGAGUGUGUACUGGAGGACCAAACCCAAAAUAUUCAGAAUGGUUCUAGAGGCUCCCAGAACCCAAAAGGCUGCUUGUUUUACCCACUUGUUGGAAACAGUUGGAUUUUUUUUUCCUCCCAUGGCUAAGGGGGCGGAGGUUGGCCUGCUGGCAGAAUUACAGCAUUGUACUCUAAAGUGGGGUCUAGUGGAUUGGCUGUUUUGGAAGCCCUAAUAUAUCAGGGCUCUCCAGGCUCGUCUCUUGUCAGUAUGGCUGCAUCCUGGAGCUGAAGUCUUCCAAGUCAACCCUGGUUCCAUCAGAUCCCAAAGAAUGAAGCAAUCUAUGAAGAGAGGGUACCAGACAAAGAUCCAAGACACCAGCCCAAAUCCUGUGUUCCCACCACCUGACUGACUGAGUUCCCCACAGGUGAAUACUUCCAUUUAGCUGCUUCUGACUCUAACGUUCUCAGAGGCCCCAGGAUGUACUUUGGGGAUGACAGCCAGCAUUUCCAUUAAAGUGCAGUUUUGGAGUUUCACAGAAGCGUGCCAAUCUUAACACACUUCCUAAUUGGCACAGAAUCCUUCUACCUGUUACCCUUCAGGCUCCGGUAACACACUCAGUUUUUCUUUAGGUAACAGUCUUGGACUCAGGAGUGUUAUUUGCCCAGAUGGUGAAAUGUUUAAGGAGGUCUGAUUAUUUCAUUUUCAAUGGUUUAAAUGUAUUUUUGUGGUCUCAGUGUGAACUCUACUGUGCACAAAUUGUUUAUUCUGAGCCAAAGAGCCACUCAGAGAGACUGACUGCAAGACACAGGGGCGACUACCAUUUCUUCUCAUCUUUCCAGAUGAAAUCCAAGUGGUAAAAGGUCUUCACUUAAGAGAGUACCAUGCUUUAUUGUUUACAAAUGUUUUUCCAUAUUCAUGAGAGUAAUACAUGUAUACCAUGAAGUAUGACCACACUCCUCCCAUUUCUCCUCUCUUUAUUCUUCCAAUCUAUCCUCCUCCCAGCUUAGUGUCUUCUUUAAAAUUUUUAGUUUUGAUAACCCACAAAGUCAAAUUAGCAUUGCCCACAUGUGCAUGGUGUUCAGCUCUCUACUGGAGGAUGGGAAAUCUACCAGUAGCCACACCCUAAAAGAGGAAUGAUUCUCCCUUACCUGCUCCAGCAGCUAUCAGCUGCCAGUAGCUCCCCAAUACAGAUGGGGGCUGUGAAGCACCUUUCUUGACCUUGCUGAAAUUUCAACUGGCUUGCCCUUGUACAGGUCUUGUGUAGGUCAUAUCAGCUGCUUUGAGCUCAUUAGUGUGGUAGCCGCAUUCUGACUGGAAGACAGCAUUUCACAGCUCUCUUCCUCAGCUUCAGGCUUUUCCCACCUCCUCUUCCACAGAGAAAGAACUUAGGUUGAACUUAUUGCUGGACUCAGAACCAUGGUGCACCGUUCACUGGGGACACAUUUAUCUGACUAUCUAUGAAUCACCAGACAAAACUAGAACAUGACCUCUUUUAGUUAGAGUUUAGUAAUUACUAAGCCAUAUCUAUUUUGUACAACCAAAAACUCUCAUGAGCAUUCAUGGGCAUGCAUUUGAAAUUUAUAAUAAAUGCCCUUUGUUUGAAACCAUUAAAUACAUUUAAUAGAAAACCAAAA